CUCCCUCCUCCUCUUCCUCCUCCUUCUGAGGUGAGCACUGCUGCUCCUUCAGGGGCUCCUGCUCUGCCCCCGAAGCGACGCCGCUCACUUCCAUCUCUCUAGCAGGAAACAGGCGGAUCGCAAGGACCAGCCCAGCUCCGCCGCCGAGGGGGAGGGAAGGGGCGGCGCCCUUGUUGGAAGGCGCCACCGCUGACAGCAAAAUCACAGCACGGCGCACCUGGAACUGGCACGGCGCGAUACAAGCCCGCAGCGUUCCCACGCGCGCAGCUUCGUUAGCACGCUAUAUUCCGCGCCAGCGCUUGAUGUCAUCACCUUCCGCCGCUACGGCUCUUCGUCCCUUAGUAACUUUGUGCGCCUGCGCAGUAGAGUAGCCGUGACCUCUCUGGAUAGCCUCCUGAGUGUCCGGGCACGGCCCUCCGGCGCUGCCCAGCGGUGCUUGCUGGGACCUCUUGAAGGCGGCUGCUGUUUGGCUUUGUUGCUGCUAAGCGAAAAGGGGCUUCGCUGUUCGUGGGCGGUGCUCGGCAAUUGUCUUGUCCUUGUCUAGCUGCCCAGAGCCACGGUCAUGAGCCAGCUAACGAUGCAGUCCCUCCGCCAGAUGAUGAAAUUCCUUCUGGACUCGCCAGGCUUUGAUCGGGUGCUAAACAAGAUGACUGUUCUUUCUGCCAGCCCUGGGAAAGUUGUAUGUGAAAUGAAAGUUGAAGAAGAGCACACCAACCGAGCAGGAACUCUGCAUGGAGGGUUGACAGCGACUCUUGUAGAUGUUGUGUCAACAGCUGCUUUGAUGUACACUGAAAGACAAGUACCUGGGGUCAGUGUGGAUAUGAACAUUAGCUAUAUGUCAGCAGCUAAAAUUGGAGAUGAAAUCCUGAUCACUGCAGAGGUUCUAAAGCAAGGUAGAACCUUGUCAUUUGCCAAUGUGGAUUUAAUAAGCAAGACAACCGGAAAGUUGAUAGCCCAAGGAAGGCAUACAAAGUUCCUAGGACCCAUCUAGAAGGAAGUGAUCACUUUGAGAAAAAGUUGACAUGAAUUUGAAUCUUGAAGCACUUCAGGACAGAAGAGGAGUUGACAGCAAAGGGAUGGAAGCAUUCCUGCCUGGCCUGGAGACAAUCCUCAGCUGUGGAAAAGGGCGAACUGGUGGUGGCUUUGAACUGUUCUUCUAGUAAUUGCUCCUGGAAACAUUGUGUGCAUACAACUUCUUCAUAGAGAUUUUUUUCCUACUCUGAAACAAAUGUUUAAAAUGCAGCAGACUCUCUUCUCUGACUUGAAGCUUACUGAGUAGUAUUGAACAUUGUGGAGUUAAUAGUUAUUACGAGGGUAUCGUCCUUUACUUCAAAAUGGUGAGGAUAGUUCAUGGGUGUCUCAAUAAAUAGACCUGAGGCCCUGAGUAGGAUGCUCUGGGGCUGUCCAUUCAUGUUUACACAUAGGGCAAGUACUUGCCUCAUCACUGGCUUAUUCAUAUACGUAGAGGCUCAGAGACCAAGCCUCCUGGCUCCAAAGCCUCAUAGAAGGCUCCCAUUUCCUCAUUGCAGCUUCCUCAUUGGUGCCCCAGUGUCUCUUGCAGUCCACCCAGAUUUACAUAAACCAUUGUCAGAAGUCCUGCAAUAAGAGAGUGCGUCACAUGUUGAAUCUGUUGUGCUGAAGGAACUUCAGUGUGGAAAGAAAACCAGCCAAUUUUCAAUAAAAUGUGGUAUUUAUAAGA